ACUAUUAAGUAUAAAACUAGUCAUAACAACUUAACGUUAACAAACAGAAUCAGACUCUUCGAAUCACUUCUUCACGAGAUUCGCCUGCUAAAAAUGUCGGAAGAAAACAGGUCAGCUACGAUUCCCUCUGAGCCCUCCGUUAGAAGGCACCAAAUUUCGUCUAAGCCACCCUUGGUACUUGCCAGCAUAGCGUUAUUGGGUUGUUUGGCGUUGCUUAUCAGACUUGAAACUGUCCAGAAAAACAAUAAUUUGUAUUUUGAAAAACUUGAAAAGGAUAUCAAAGACCUUUGGUGGAAAAAGCUUGACAAAGAUGAUUUGAUGCACAAUUUAAAGAAACUUUUUCGCUCUAAACGUAACAACGAUGCCUUCUUGAGAAUGACAUCAAUCAAAACCGAGGCGAGUGAUUGCAAGAAUCCAUGUCCACAAGGUCCCCCGGGGAAAAAAGGAACAUCUGGACUCAUGGGCCCAAGAGGGCCAAGGGGUAUAGGAGAUCCGGGUCCCGUUGGUGUACCAGGAAUUGUGGGAAGAGCUGGAGCACCUGGAGAACGAGGUGAAAAGGGCAUCCAAGGAGAACCAGGAAAGGUUGGCCCCAGAGGCGUAAGAGGAAAACGAGGAUUUGUUGGGGAGACAGGAUUGAAAGGAGAUAAAGGCGAUCUUGGACCUGUCGGAAAUGUCGGGGAGAGCGGGCCAACCGGAAAAACUGGACCUAAAGGUGAGAUGGGUCCCAAAGGCAAUACAGGAGAAAUAGGAAUCAAAGGCGAAAAGGGACAAAUAGGACCAACAGGCCAACAAGGACUGAAAGGCGACCAAGGAAAAACUGGAAAAACGGGAGAAAAAGGUUUAAAGGGCGACCAAGGACCGAGAGGGGUGAAAGGUGACMGGGGAAAAGAGGGCCUCCAAGGUGAAAAAGGUGUCAACGGUACUAAAGGACUGCGAGGAUCAGAAGGACCAAAAGGUCAACAAGGUACACAAGGCGAAAAGGGGAAUAACGGUUCCACCGGUCAACAAGGACAGAAAGGAGAAACAGGGGACAGAGGACUGCAAGGGGACAGAGGUCUAAAAGGCGAUAAAGGAAAUGUUGGAGACUUAGGAACAAAAGGAGUGGUUGGGGAAAGAGGUCCAAAAGGAGAUAAGGGACAAGAGGGAAAACAAGGAGAUCAGGGGCAAAGAGGAAACACMGGAGAGAAAGGAGAAAAAGGAACUGUCGGAUCAACAGGUGUAACUGGAUCUAAAGGAAUAAAAGGUGACGUUGGAGCUAGUAUCAAAGGAGACAAAGGAGAUGUUGGCGCAGGUGGACCACAAGGGAAUAGAGGAGAGAAAGGAAUAAGAGGAGAGACUGGAGCUAAGGGACAAGACGGCAAGGUUGGUCCUAAAGGAGAUCUGUUCCACUGGUCAACAAGGGUACAAAGGAGAAACAGGUGACAAAGGACUGCAAGGGGACAGAGGUGAGAAAGGCGAUAAAGGAAAUGUAGGAGACUUGGGAAGAAAAGGAGUGGUCGGAGAAAGAGGUCCAAAAGGAGAUAAAGGACAAGAGGGUAAACAAGGARAUCAAGGACAAAGAGGAAACACAGGAGAGAGAGGAGAAAAAGGAAACAAUGGACUAAAAGGAAACGUUGGAACCAAAGGAAGUAAAGGAGAAACCGGAGUCAGCAUCAAAGGAGAGAAGGGAACCCCUGGAGCAAAUGGAGUAGCAGGAGCCACAGGAGAAAAAGGAAUAAAAGGAGAAACAGGGCCAAAAGGACAAGAAGGGCCAGCAGGACCAAGAGGCGUCGAUGGAACACACGGGUCAAAGGGAGAAAAGGGUAACCAAGGAGACACUGGAUCCCAGGGUCUACAAGGGCCGCAAGGAAUAAAGGGCGAGCAAGGCGAAACCGGGAAAAUAGGUAUUAAAGGGUCCCAAGGAGUGGUGGGACCAAAAGGUUCUUCUGGUCAGAAAGGUGAACAAGGCGACAUUGGUCCCAUUGGUCCUGAAGGAAAGGGAGAUAAAGGAGAAGUAGGAAUGAAAGGAGACAAAGGACCAAUCGGAGGUCAAGGUCCUCAAGGACCCAUAGGCCAAACAGGUAAAACCGGAAAAACUGGUCCACUAGGGCCCAAAGGCUCAAUGGGAGAAAAAGGAGAAAUUGGUGCAAGAGGUCCUGUCGGUAAACGAGGUAAAACAGGACCUAGAGGUGUUAAAGGUGACCGAGGAGCUCAAGGGGAUAAGGGAAUUCAAGGUGUGCAAGGAGUCAAAGGAGGCAUUGGAGAAAAAGGCAAUAUGGGAAUCMAAGGAAUGAAAGGGGAGCAUGGAGAUAUGGGUCCAAGAGGAACUAAAGGAAGCCGUGGAAUACGAGGCAAUAUAGGGCCACCGGGUGAACAUGGCGAGCCCGGAGUGCGUGGCCUCAAGGGCAUGAAAGGAUCCAGAGGUCCGAUAGGUGAKUCAGGGAAAGGCGGUCCUCCAGGACCAAAAGGAGACAAAGGAGACACCGGGAAGACCCUUAUUGUUGAACGUUUCGAAACAACCUCUCCACCAAACGAUGAGCAAGUGAUACAACCAACUCCAGAUAUCUGCAUAGAUGUUGAGAUCAUCUUCAGUGAAGCGCCUGCAGACAACUGCACAUUAAAUAGCACAAUUAUAGUUCAAAAGUCAUUAGCAGAGCAACUUCAUGCUAAAGAAGGACACAUCAAACAACUAAAGAUGAAUAUUAUACCUGACAAAGGCAAACGAAAGCUGGUUGUGACAUUCCGCACGACAAGAGAAGUACAAAAGGAAAUACAAAACAAAGAAAAGUCAAGCGAAAAGAUCAAGCUACCACUGGGAAUCUACGCCAUUUUCAAUUUAACAGAACAUGAUAUUGUAUUUAGUCCCACACCCCCUCUUUCGACAGUUAGCGAAAGAGGUUUGAAACAAUGCGUUGCUGGCGAGAUUAGAUCAAUUGCUUGUCGGAAGGAAAAACAUUACGCCAUGUCGCAACAAAGCCCUUCAGGAACUAAGCAUACCACUUCCUCUCCCUCAAAACAAGGAAGUUCGUCAAAGUCAGGCAUCGUUGUUUCUGGUUUAACAUUGUUGGGUUGUUUGGCUCUGCUARUCAGACUCGAAACCGUUCAACGUAGUAAUGGUUUGUAUUUUGAGAACUUGGAAAAUGAACUCAACAGAAUUCGAUUGCAGAAACUCAAUAGAGACGAUUUACUARUUCACGUAAGAAAGCUUGCAAGGUCCAAACGUAAUGCCGAAGACUUUUUAAAAAUCACAUCCUUAAAAAGUGAGAAUUUCUGCCAACAGACGUGCCCACCUGGCCCACCAGGGCUAAGAGGAAUGCCUGGUUACAUGGGCCCAAGAGGACCUAGAGGUGCRGGAGAUCCGGGUCCCGUUGGUGUACCAGGAGCAGUGGGAASACCUGGAGCACCUGGGRAUCGWGGUGAAAAGGGCAUCCAAGGAGAACCAGGAAAGGUCGGACCAAGAGGACUAAGUGGAAAACGAGGAAUUGUUGGGGAAACAGGAGGGAAAGGAGAUAAAGGUGAUACUGGACCUGCUGGAGAUGUGGGGGGAAGAGGACCGACUGGAAAAACAGGACCUAAAGGUGAGAUGGGUCCCAAAGGAAUUACGGGCGAAAUAGGAAUCAAAGGCGAGAAGGGACAAAUAGGACCAACAGGAAUACAAGGACUAAGAGGCCAGCAAGGAAAAAUAGGAAAAACAGGAGAAAAAGGUCUAAAGGGCGAUCAUGGACCGAGAGGGGUGAAAGGUAAUCAGGGAGAACAAGGUUUCAAAGGCGAAAAAGGCGUCAACGGGACUCAAGGUCUACGAGGAUCAGAAGGACCUCGGGGCCAACAAGGUCCGGAGGGUGCAAAAGGGGAAAUUGGCUCUACUGGACCACAAGGAGAUGUGGGAAUAACAGGCAAUAAAGGAUCACAGGGAGACAGGGGUCCAAAAGGGGACACUGGUUCUGUUGGAGCCCGGGGACGAAAAGGAGAACAAGGUGAUAGAGGACCAGGCGGAGAUUCAGGUCCAAAGGGAGAUAAAGGAAAAACCGGAGACACAGGGGGAAAAGGUUUACCGGGAAAUAAAGGUCCAAAAGGAUACAAAGGAGAAAAUGGCAAAAAAGGGACACCAGGAGAAAAAGGAUUAACGGGAACUAAGGGGCAAAAAGGUAGCAUUGGCUUUAAGGGAGAAAUUGGAAUCAAGGGAGAAAAGGGGUUAUCUGGAGCUAGUAUCAAAGGAGACAAAGGCGAACUUGGUGUACACGGGCCACAAGGAGACAGAGGAGAAAAAGGAAUCAAAGGAGAAGUUGGAACAAGGGGAAAAGAGGGGCCUCUAGGUUCUAAAGGAGAUCUAGGACCGCGAGGGUUUCAAGGCCAACGAGGUCAACCUGGGUAUAAAGGCGAAAAAGGUACAAAUGGCACCAAAGGAAUACAAGGGACAGAAGGAYCACAAGGUCAAGAAGGACGUCAAGGUGACAAGGGAGAUUCUGGUUCUACCGGACCACAAGGACAGAAAGGAGAUACGGGGGACAGAGGAUUACAAGGGGAAAGAGGUCUGAAAGGGGGCAAAGGAACUAUAGGAGACACGGGAGAGAAAGGAGUACAGGGCGACAGAGGUCCAAAAGGAGAUAAGGGAUACGAUGGUCAGCAAGGAGAUCAAGGACUAAAGGGAAAUACAGGAGAAAAAGGAGAACAAGGGAGAGCUGGAGUCAAGGGAGACGGAGGAUUCAAAGGAACGAAAGGAGAAACUGGAGUUGGCAUCAAAGGAGAUAAAGGAAUCGCAGGAACGGAUGGACUGCCUGGGGCUAUAGGAGAGAAGGGACGUAAAGGAGAAACAGGACCAAAAGGACAAGAGGGACCAGUAGGACCAAGAGGCGGAGAUGGAGCACACGGUUCAAAAGGAGAAAAGGGUAGCGAAGGAAAAUCUGGACCAAAGGGCGUACCAGGUCUACAAGGAAUCAAGGGCGUGCAAGGCGAUACCGGAAACACCGGUCCUAAGGGACCGUCUGGAGAGGUAGGACCAAAAGGUUCUACCGGAACCAAAGGCGAACAAGGAGUCAAGGGCCAAAUUGGUCCUCAAGGAACAAAGGGAAAUAAAGGCGAAAUAGGAGGUAAAGGAGAAAAAGGACCAGUUGGAUUCCAAGGUCCGCAAGGUCCCAGAGGCAAAACUGGUAAAACAGGAAAGGUCGGUCCAAUAGGUCCUUAUGGUCCGACAGGAGACAAGGGAGAUGUUGGUCCUUCAGGUCCUCUUGGUGCGAAAGGUAUUAGAGGAGAUAAAGGUCAAAGAGGUCAACAAGGAAUCCAAGGAAAUCCAGGCCUUAAAGGUGAAAAGGGUGGAAAAGGACGAGUAGGAGAAAAAGGGACGAUAGGACCUAUUGGAAUAAAAGGUGAACAAGGAGAUAUAGGUCUUCCUGGAAUAAGAGGAUUGCCAGGAAAAGACGGACCUAUAGGAAUCCCUGGACUACCUGGCGCAAUGGGAGAACCGGGUACACGAGGACUGAAGGGUGAAAGAGUACAGGGCGACAGAGGUCCAAAAGGAGAUAAGGGAUACGAUGGUCAGCAAGGAGAUCAAGGACUAAAGGGAAAUACAGGAGAAAAAGGAGAACAAGGGAGAGCUGGAGUCAAGGGAGACGGAGGAUUCAAAGGAACGAAAGGAGAAACUGGAGUUGGCAUCAAAGGAGAUAAAGGAAUCGCAGGAACGGAUGGACUGCCUGGGGCUAUAGGAGAGAAGGGACGUAAAGGAGAAACAGGACCAAAAGGACAAGAGGGACCAGUAGGACCAAGAGGCGGAGAUGGAGCACACGGUUCAAAAGGAGAAAAGGGUAGCGAAGGAAAAUCUGGACCAAAGGGCGUACCAGGUCUACAAGGAAUCAAGGGCGUGCAAGGCGAUACCGGAAACACCGGUCCUAAGGGACCGUCUGGAGAGGUAGGACCAAAAGGUUCUACCGGAACCAAAGGCGAACAAGGAGUCAAGGGCCAAAUUGGUCCUCAAGGAACAAAGGGAAAUAAAGGCGAAAUAGGAGGUAAAGGAGAAAAAGGACCAGUUGGAUUCCAAGGUCCGCAAGGUCCCAGAGGCAAAACUGGUAAAACAGGAAAGGUCGGUCCAAUAGGUCCUUAUGGUCCGACAGGAGACAAGGGAGAUGUUGGUCCUUCAGGUCCUCUUGGUGCGAAAGGUAUUAGAGGAGAUAAAGGUCAAAGAGGUCAACAAGGAAUCCAAGGAAAUCCAGGCCUUAAAGGUGAAAAGGGUGGAAAAGGACGAGUAGGAGAAAAAGGGACGAUAGGACCUAUUGGAAUAAAAGGUGAACAAGGAGAUAUAGGUCUUCCUGGAAUAAGAGGAUUGCCAGGAAAAGACGGACCUAUAGGAAUCCCUGGACUACCUGGCGCAAUGGGAGAACCGGGUACACGAGGACUGAAGGGUGAAAGAGGAGCUUUAGGACCACUAGGUGAGAAAGGAAUGCCCGGUCCUCAAGGGCUAAAAGGAACCAAGGGUGACCCCGGGUACACUACAGUAAUAACAAGCGUYAUAAGGAAUUACACAACUUCAAGCCAAGUUAAGCCAAGGGACGAAAUUUGCGUCGGCGUAGAAAUUCUCUUYAAUGAAGCGCCCAAAGAAGGCUGUACCUUGAGUAAAGAAACGGUCAGGGCGUCUUUUGCAAAGCAAUUAGGUAGAGCGAUUUAUUAUUUUGAAAAUGUUGAGGUGAAGGUAAAAGUAAAAGAUAAUAAGAAGCAGUUGAUGGUCAGGUUCAAUACGACCCGGCCAAUUGAAAAAGAUAUCAGAAAUAACCAAGGGCAGAUAAAGCUUCCAUUGGAUGAAGCAACAUGCAACGAAACAACAUCAUUUAACGAGGACUCGUAACAUCMUCGACUUUCAAGGCCAAGGACGACCAAUCAUAUUCAAUAAUUCUGACAGAUUAUUAGAUUAGAUUAAACUYCUCAAAAUAAUCCAGAAAUCGAAAGAAAGAAAAAAGAAGAAAGAGAAAUAAAAGAAAAAAAUGGAAAAUUUCAAUCUAGGAAGAGUGCAGUGAGUCGGUGUUUGUUUGUUUGCUUUUCGAUAGUUUCUUGUAAGUCUUAUUUUGUCAAGCUUAUUUAUAGGCUACCUAAUAUUUGACCCAUAAUUCCUUUAAAGAUCGAGGUCAACUUAUUAGGAGGGAGUGCAUUCUUAACAUGGUUCCCGAAAUUGCCAUAAUUAUAUGUAUUACAGUGAAGACACUCGAACCAUGAAGACUUGACUUUAUUCAGAUUUUUAUUUUCUGGGCUUUUUACUGCCUCAAACCCUCUAAAAGAGUYGGAUUGAGCUCAAAUAUGCUAUGCGAUCAAAAGACAAGUCAUUUCUAAAUGAUUCGCUCCAGGGAUGCAUGUUAAAAAAAGUAGUAAAAAAGCACAAAGUGUUCAUGGUUAGAGUUUCCUCACUGAGAUGCAAAAAUUACUUCUGAUGUUGGAAAGUCGAGGAGAAUUUUACGAAGAACAAAAAAAGGUUUAAAAUCAGAAAACACACAUUUAUUAUAUCAGCAAAAAAUUGCAAACGGUGAAACGGCUCUAAAAAUUGUUGGGCAUAUUUAAAGUUAUUUUAUUCAAGCUCAGUUCCAUCUGAUGUAAAACCGAAUUUGUCAGAUAUUUACCUGAACCAAGAAUGAAGAAAUUCGUAUUCUCUUUUGACAA